AUGUCCACAGAGGUACCAGCAGCUGCAGCGCCAUCUGAAGAAGUUCCCCAUUUCGAUGGGCUCUUCAAAGCUCUUCGUCUGUAUCGCAACAACCAGAUUCAAGCAUGUGAAGAAGAAUGUACGAGACUUCUGAGGAAAAAUCCGCUGGAUCAAGCUGCCUGGGCGCUGAAACUUUCCUGCCUAACUGACCCCGUCUACGUAGAUGAGUUGGAGAACGAGGAGCUUGGCAUAGCUGAGACGUUUCUCGAUCAGAAUGUCAUCGCACCGAAUGCUCGUCCUGGCACUUCGUUUCAAAGACCGACAACAACUGCGAAAGGAAUGAAUCCGAUAAUGAGACCGCUACAUGCGACUGCAGGACGACCAACUUCCGGAGUCGUCCGCGGACCGCUAUAUCACAUCGCUCACGUCCGAUGGACAAAGGAAGCGUCCACGCUAACUUGCGAGCUCGAAACAGCCCGUACAGCACGAGCUGCAUCUAUGGCAUCCGAUCCGGAGGGUCCCUUUGUCAAUCUAUCGCGUCUCAAUGUCGAUAAGUAA